AUGGAAUAUCUUUCUCCUGGUGAUUGUACAACAGAACAGGGAAAUAUGCAAAGGAACAAUACCCCUACUCNAAAAAAAUUGAAAGGAUUAAAUAAGGUACAUCUGGUUGAUGCUAGUUUUGUAUGGACUGAACCACAUUCUCGUCGAAUUAAAGUCAAGUUGACAGUUCAAAAAGAAGUAAUGGGUGGUGCUAUAUUACAACAGAUAUUUGUUGUAGAAUAUACUGUUAAUAACCAAAUGUGUGAUGAUUGUCAUAGAGUAGAAGCAAAAGAUUACUGGAAUUCUGUAGUGCAAGUACGUCAAAAGGUUGAACACAAAAAGACUUUCUACUAUUUGGAACAGCUUAUUUUGAAACAUAAAGUACAUACAUCUAGUUUAAAUAUUAAACCUGCAAAUGAUGGUCUUGAUUUUUAUUUUGGAAAGAAAGAUGAUGCUCGAAAAUUUUCAGAUUUUCUACAAGCCACUGUACCAUGCAGAAAUAAUACUUCUCAGAAGCUUAUUUCUCAUGAUGUUCAUAGUAAUGUAUACAAUUACAAAUUUACUUUUUCAAUUGAAAUUGUUCCAAUAUGCAAAGUAAGUUGACCAUUAAUGAUCUUAAUAUCA